UGUCAUGCGUGUGUCAUGUCGUCGGCUCAGCUGGCGCGCCGCGCAGAGCAGCUGACGACACACCGGCGGUGGUAUGGAGUUGCUUUGUUAACUGCAAUGUGAGUGGCAGCUCGAAGUGCGGCUUUUAGCCCAAGAUGGAACCACGUGGUCAUCUUGAAAGCUUCCUAGACUCCUCAACACUGCAUGCCGGUCCGCGCCCACGGUCGAUCAUGCUGGCACACCCGCGAUUACGGACCGACGCCUUCGCAACACCAGUAUGAAUAGUCUCGGUCUCAGCAUCCUCUUCAACAUGGGUUGUACGUGCACGAAAGAGGCUGUGUGUAUCAACAGCAAGAGAUACGUGGUCAAGAGCAGAUUGGGAGAAGGGGGCUUCAGUGUAGUCGAUUUGGUGUACGACGCUACCAGUCAGCGGCUAUUCGCACUCAAGCGCAUCCCGUGCCACACGAGAGAGUCCGAGCGGGACGCUAUGCGCGAGGCCGAGUUGUACAAGUCGUUCGAUCACCCCAACCUGGUCAGAUGCGUGGACGCCGCCCUGGUCCCGUGCCACGACAUCUCCAAACCGUUCUCCAGCGAAGUGCUCAUCUUGCUGCCCUACUUCAGAAGAGGAACGCUCCAGGACGAGCUGACGAUGCGAGCGCGGUCGAGGGAGCACAUGUCCGAGGGACGGCUGCUGGAUAUCUUCACGGGCAUGUGCCAUGGCGUUCAGGCCAUCCACGGUGCCACGCCUGUCGCCCUGGCGCACAGGGACCUGAAGCCUGCAAAUGUGCUGCUCAGUGACGACGACGUACCCGUGUGGAUGGAUUUCGGCAGCAUGGGUAGAGCUCGGCUUGAUAUUGGCCGCACUAGUGAGGCCAUGGCACUGCAGGACUUGGCUACAGAAAAAUGCAGCAUGUCAUACCGAGCUCCCGAACUGUUCAAUGUGGAAAGCCGUACAUCAAUAGAUGAGCGAGUUGACAUUUGGUCUCUUGGCUGCUGCCUCUACGCCAUGUGCUUCUUCCGGUCCCCAUUCGAGGCUGCCCACGAGCGAGGUGACAGUGUGGCCCUGGCCGUACUCAGUGGCCAUGUCGACAUUCCUUCAGACAGCCCAUAUUCCGGAGGGCUUCACGGACUUAUCCGCACAAUGUUAGAAGUGGACUGCUUGCAGAGGCCCUUCAUUGAGAGCGUCUUGGAGCAGGUCACAGCCCUCUCUGCCGCAGCAAACCAUAAGGUGUGAUCUCCUGACUGCUCUCCCACUGUUGGAGACUACAUGUAUCGGCUGUACGCUUGCCACUUCUACUGCCUGAACCACAACAGCGGCGGCACGUGGCUGUCGACUCUAAGAUGUCGACCCAGCGGGCAGGAAGAGAUACGUGCUACUUGGGUUGGUGUGAUUGUGCGAUGCCUGGAAUAAAAAAAAUGCAACAAGCUUGUGACCAAAUGGAGCCCCACACGAAUGCCAGAGUGAACGCAGUUGGGACGCUUGUACUGCUUUCAUCAGCAGUGACUGUAAACCUUUGCUUGAUGCAAAUGUGCUACCAGAAAUUGUUCUGGUGUUUUUAUUUUUUUAGUAUCGGUGUUACGGCGUGUUGAGUUUUGUUACUUUGCGAAGUGUUGUUGCCUGCUUUCAUGCAUGCGGCAAUGCUAUGAUCUCCCGUUCGAUUUUUUGUUCUCGAUGGAGCGAUUAAAAUAAAGGGAGCCUUGUUGUGUUGCGUA